AUGCAGGGAAUCCCAGUGGCGUUUCCCUCUCUAGUGAGUGGUGAGGCCAUCACGUGUGUUCGCUUCCUCUUAGAAUGGACAGAUGCCCGACUGCACACAUCCGCGGGCCGCGUCCAUCACUUCCUCACAUCUUUUCAUAAUAACAGCGAACCACAAGAGAGAAAUGGAGAGAAAAAUGAACCGAAACAACAACAACAACAACAGGAAGGACUCUCUAUGCACACAUUCCACAUGCGUCAACUCCCUGCUAUGGUUCACUGGCUCACACUCCCUCUCCCAUCACACACAACAACAACAACAACAACAACAACAUCAACACAUAUUAACAACGCAUCCACAUCACUUUUACACAACGCCGUACGUCAUGUGAUGCGUGAUGGACAUGCCGGCAAUGCACGCAAUCAUCAGGCGGCGUCUGCGAGGGCGCAAGCAACAGCAGAGAAACUUCUCGCAGCCGCACGCAGCACACAAUACCGAGCCCCACUGGUGUUGUUAUUAUUUCACCCAAAUGAGGCAGUGCGUAUGUGGGCACGAGAAACACUCCUACGACUCGUAACACUAGCAGCAGCCGCAGCAACAACAACAAGUAAUAAUGCUGCUACUGGAAAUGAAAAUGCUGCUCGUAGUCUUUGGCUUCUCAGCAUGCAAUUACUCUGUACGAUUAAACACAUCACACGUAUUCCACUGGAGGCAAAAGAGGAGGGCGCUAGACGAGUUAUAGCCGAUGGAUUCUGCAGUCUCUUUGCUGUUUUGAGUACUAUAGAUACUCAACUCGCUGCGGUUGAGCGGGUGUUGUUGGAGGCGGCUGCAGCGCAUGGGGAACAACAUCCCCGACUUUUUCACGGUGUUUCUACAGCCACUAUUCUUCUCUUGGGUGGAAGUAUGUUGUUUGAUUGGUUUCUGAGUGUUUCUACUACCGUAUCUCGACUCUUGGUAUCCUCAUCACCAAGUGCGGAGCAUACCUUCUCAACCACUAAAACAAGAACAACAUCAACUACUACUACUACUGCUGCUACAAUGGCGAUGAUAGAGAAACUGACAGUGGCACUUAAUCUACGACUGGGAGCUGAAACAACAUUACAAAGUCUCACUAUUGCUAAUGACACACGUAGGGCUCUUGUAAAGAUCAUCGUUCACUGUCUUCUUGAUAACGCCAAACGUAUAGGAAUGACUUCAAAGGCAGAGGAUGUAUGCUGUCGUAGACGUAUGUGUGAAUUGUACUGUUUGGCAUCACACAUAGAUCCCCCACCAUCUACUCCUACAAGAACAACAACAACUACUACUACAAUAUCAACAUCAACAGGAAGAAUAGGUGAAAGUAAAUCAUCACCACCACCUGCAAAGUCUGCAGGAUGGAUGUUGCGGUUUUUAAUGCGUAAUGCAUCUGUACAACUAAAUAUACCUGCCGCCGUACGAGGAAUAACUGGAGGAGGUACUUCUAAUGCAUCCACACUUCAUACUAUGGAAAAUGCCGUGUCAGUCCUUAAUGCUAUAUUAACAUCUCUAGCCACCGCACUUCCUGCUCUUGCUAGUUCUGUGUAUUAUCAUGAAUUUCUCAGAACACAACAGAAGGACUGUGUGGCACUAGCUAUUGGUGUGGCUUUAAAUUCACAACAUCCACAGGCCGCCUUAUCACUUCUACGGCAUUUUUUACUCACAGAUUUGGUGAUAUUUGGUAGUAAUCCAUCUUCAACUUUACCUGAAUGUCUUCGCUCUGCGUGGGAAGCGAUACCGGAGUUACUUGUAAAGAUUUCUUUUCGAACAGUUAGUACAAGUAUUAACUCCCCACCAAUGUUAUUAUUGAAUGUAAUGGAGUUGUUUGAUGUUAUCAUGGCUCAACCCUCUGCAAAUGGGUGGCUGUUCCUUAAACCACUUAAGGAUGGACCUCUACCGUUGGCGUGGGUGGUGGGAAAAUGCAUAGAGCGAGUAACGGAAAGUAUACGGGGUUCUAUGAAAGAAAUGCGACAUCAAUGGGAAACUAUGCCAGAGAAUAAUAAUAAUAAUCAUAAUAAUAAUUCUGCUGCCGCAGCUGCUUCACGUCUACUUUCUAGUGGAUCUACAAUUCCUCGAGUAACGCAUGUGUUGAUGAUGUCUAGUGGUGCUGUCGUUCGACGCUUGGGAGAAAUACUCUCCGCACUCUUUCUUCAUUCUUUUACUCCAGUUGUUCAUGGUACUUUGCGAGCUGAUGCGGCUAAUUGGCUUCUAGAUGUUAUUCUUUACGAUUCUAUUCUUCGUGAGAAUCCAUUAAAGUUACAGAAUGCCAAAGUGGAUUCAUUGGCUCGUGCAAAUGGUGCCAUGUGGGUUAAUAUUAUGUGUGGAUGCAAUUGGAGUAAUUUACCACGUGAAACUCUUGCAGCGUCUUGGUGGUUGUGUGCACUUAUCGCCGAUGUCUGUGUGUUGGAUAAUGAGCUACGGAAUCAAUUCUUAGAUCUCGUUAUCACUCAACUCCAGCCUGUUUUUACAGAGACACCAUCAUCAUCCACAGCUCUAACAACAACAACAGGGACAAUAUCUUCAUCAGCGUCAUCAUCCUCAUCAUCAUCAUCAUCAUCGUUGUCUGCGUCUACAGGGAAUAUUUCAUCUAAUGUCGUUAGUCACAAUCACUCGAGUGCUUUCCUUGCCCAGGAACCUCUUCGUCGUUGUGCACAACAUUUGAUGUUGGUGCUUGUGAAGAAGUGUUCCUUAUACUCUGUAUCUUCUUUUACGCAAGCUGUACUUCACGUGGCUGGUGCCCUUCCACCACCGACACGAUCUUCACAAGAUCAGUCAUUUCGGUCUGCCCUAUUAAAAACAUUUGUGGAUGUAUUACAAAUAUUACCUGUAGAGGGUCGGAAUACAUUAAUGGAGUAUCCUCCUGCGUGGCUAUUAGAAAUACUUCGUUCUGCACGGCAGAAGAUUGAAGAUUGUGUGGCCGAUCAGAAUCGUCGAUUCCAGCAGUAUGAACUUGAGGAAAAACGAAUGAAACAGAUGGAGGAGGGAGAUCGUAAACGUAGUGAACAAGAGGCUGAAAUGUGCCGUGCAAACAUAGAAACACGAAAACAAGAGUUGAUACAUCAACAACAACAACAACAGAGUGAAGAGACAUCAUCUCUCUUGUCUAUUGGACGUAUAAAUAAUGGAGUCAAACGACCACAUGAAGAUAUGACUCCUAUUAUGAUUGCACAGAUACCACCAGUCGAACUGAUAUCAUCAUCAUCAUCAACAACAACAGUAGCAGCAGCAGUAGGUGCAGUUUCAUCACGUAUUCGAGAACAACAGAAGGUACGUUUAGAGCCACCAGUUUUACAGAAACAACCUACAGCUCACCAAAUGCAUCUUCAUCAACUUGGAGAACGACGGGUGAAUGCAUUCAUACAUGCAGAAAAUCUUAAUAAAUCUACAGAAGCCAUUCGACAAGUUGCUGGUAGUACAGAUUUACUACAUCAUUCACCACGUACGGAUGAUAUUAUUGGUCAUGGUAGAAAUUGUCUAGCUACGGAGUUGCCUGUAAUUCCUCAACGUUUUCCUUCAUUAACUUCUGGUGGUCAUAAACAAUAUGUGGCUUCAUUUCUACCUCAUAUUGCCUUGGAGUUAAGGUAUGAAUUGCACCAGAAGUUUGAUGAGAUGGUGGAGGCAUGUCGUACACAUACAUUACGUAGUACACGUAAUAAUGAUAACCAGACAACAUUAUCAUCCCUUCGUCAUCGCGUAACAGGGGCAAGCAAUAAUCCUAAUAAUAACAAUAAUAGUGGUUAUAAUCGAUUGUCAUCACUAUCAACAUCAACUCCAACAUGGGUGAUGGCAAAUACGACUGCGGUGGUCUCAGCAGGGGAUGUGGUAACCAAUACACUUAAUCCCACACAAUUACAAUUUGGUAUAUUAGCGAAAUCUCUCAAUGCUGCCGCAAUAGGAGUGCCCCUCAGUGCUUCACUUUCAGAAGGCGAUGUAGCGAUUGUGUUAUUACCCCUUAACCGUGUUCUCACGGCUUUACCGCAUCUUCUUGAUGGAAAAGAUGAUACGGCACUGCCUGAAGUUUGGCGUGUCUUUGGAUGUGUGCCACAGUUAUGUAUUGUAACCUUUCUGCAGCCUUGGCAGCGCACCGCAACACUCACAACAUUUACAACGCCGUCCAUAUCUUCAUCUUCUUAUACUAAUACGAAUACUGGUCGUGGUAAUAAUAAUAGUAAUAGUGGUACUAGUAGUAGUGGUCCCAUGUUGUUUACAUUUUCACAUGCAUUACGGGCGCUUAUAGACUCACGGGAACACUUUUACAUUAGACGUCUCACCACACUUGGUUCCUCUCUUGGGGCUGUUACUGCUAUUCACGAAAUGCAUAGAAAAGCAUUUGCCAACACACUGCUGCAACCACACAUAGCGUCUAAAAUGUUUCGUGCCUAUCAUCGUGUGUUGGAGCGGGAAUUACUUACAGGUGAACGUUGGCCUACGGUCUAUCGCAGUUUAUUAUUAAAUCGUUCUCUUAAUGAAUGGCAAAUGCGUGCAAUCGCUGCCGUACUCACAGCUGCAGCCCCUGGAUGGGAAAAAAGUAAUGUUCAAAUGACUAAUUUUCCACAAGCACCAGAUCUUUUUAUUAUUGAAGGUCCUCCUGGUACUGGAAAGACACAAACGAUUGCAGCUCUUUUAAUUAAUUUAUUACAUUACCUUCCAAAACAAGGACGACGUUUGUUGGUAUGUGCACCAUCCAAUUGUGCCGUUGAUGAAGUACUUUUACGAGUACGUAGUCUUUUAAAUAAAGUACCACAAAUGGGAGAAUUACAAUUACUUCGUGUUGGAGUUCGUGAAAGUGUAGAUGCUGAGGUUUUAGCUGCCUCUCCUCCUAUAUUUCUGGAUGAUUGUAUUUCUAUGCUAAGUGAUGCUUCCUCUGUCUCACGCUCAGUGCCAACAGGACUUUUGGUACGUAAUGGAAACCGUGAUGAAUCUACUACUACCACUACUACUUCUACUGGAUCUGGUAAUAAUAGUAGUAGUAGUAAUAGUAAUAGUAACAAUAAUAGUGGUCGACAACAAUUGCGUGAUCAACUGUUGCGAGGAGCUCAUGUGGUGUGUUCCACAUUAGGAUCCCUAACACAAAUUCAGCGUAUAGAUACUCUCUUUGAUAUGGUGAUUGUAGAUGAAGCCUCUCAAGGUUCAGAGCCGGAUGUCCUCCAGGCAUUAAUGUUAACAAAACGACGGGUCGUACUUGUUGGGGAUUCCAAACAACUACAACCAACAGUACUCUGUCAAACCGCAGCGGGGCGUGGAUUGAAGCGUAGUUUACUGCAGCGUCUCUUACAUGAGGGAUACCGUUCAUACCUGUUGCGUACACAAUACCGCAUGCAUCCCGAUAUCUGUGCUUUUCCCAAUAAUUACUUCUAUGAUGGGAAACUCCACACACAUGCGAGUGUAUUACAACGACCGUAUGGAACCACACCGCCGCUUCUGCGUUUACCGGUGAAUUCCUCUUGUUUGUCACGAUUUGUGUUUGUGGAUGUGCCGGAUGGACGAAUGGAGUGGGGCCGCGGCCGCUCGCUGGUGAAUCGCCGUGAGGCGGAGGCGAUCGUUAUGCAAAUGCGACGACUGCGGGCGUUGCUGCAACUCACACCCGAUCAAUUUGCCCAACAUGCCUGCGUGAUUACAUUCUACCAGGCGCAGAGAGACGCCAUUGUGCAGUUACUCACGCGUGAGGAGCGAAGUAGUGAACUGAUGGUGGCCACGGUGGAUAGUUUUCAGGGAAAGGAGCGGGAUGUUGUGUUCAUUAGUUGUGUGCGAGCCCCACACAUUGCUCAUCGCAAACCCAACAAUAAUGCCGUUACGUUGGGAUUCAUGGAAGAUUGGCAUCGCAUUAACGUUGCUCUCACACGGGCAAAGGAGUUAUGUGUUGUCUUUGGACAUCAACAGACAUUCCGAAAUGCCGCCCUUACUAGUGCUAACAGACAACAACAACAACAACAACAGAAAGGAGAAGAAGAAGAGGAAGAAGAAGAAGAAGAGCUCCAGGAGUUUCUUCCUACAGGUGAAGAGAACAGUAAUCAACAUGAUGCUAAUGAGAAUAAUAAUAAUAAUAAUAAUAAUAAUAAUAGUAAUAAUAAUAACAGCGAUGAUGAUGAUGAUGAUGAUGAUGAAGUGUGUGAAGUGGCCCCAUCCGUACGUAAGUCAGAUGAUGAUCCCUUCGUUCUUGACCGUUUGAUUCAGCACGUGGAGUGUUUCUCAAAGAAAGAAGCUAUUGAACAACAACAACAAGAGCAACAGACACCUGAUGCCUGUGUGUCUGCCGCAAUCUUUACGAACAGCAAUGGAUUACAUCUGGCAAAGGAAUUGUUCUUGCGUCCUUAA